AUGGCGUUACUUCCUGCAGGUCCUGAUUUAAGAAUCGUGAUGAUUGGAAAAACUGGUGUGGGCAAGAGUGCUGUUGGAAACACCAUUCUUGGACAGGAAAUUUUCGUAUCCAGUCCCAGUUUAUCAUCAGUGACUCAGGUCUGUGAAAAAGCUGUGACACGUUGGGGCAACAGAGUGGUUAGUGUGGUAGACACACCAGGGCUCCUGGACGCUGAGAAAUCCGAAGGAUUCAUCAAAAAUGAAAUUGUGAGAUGUGUUGAAGUCUCAUGUCCUGGACCUCAUGUGUUCCUGCUGGUCAUCGAACUUGGUCGAUUUGCCAAUGCAGAGAAAAACUCUGUAGAAGCCCUGCAAAAGCUGUUUGGUCCAAAAGCUGACCAGUACAUGAUCGUGCUGUUUACCCGUGGUGGUGAACUCAAAAACAAGACCAUACAUCAAUAUCUACGUGAGGGCAAGCCAGAGGUUAGACAACUCGUUCAGCGCUGUGGAAACAGGUUGCAUGUCUUUGAAAACACCAGUAAAGACAGAAGUCAAGUGGUGGAGCUGAUAAAGAUGAUCGACAACAUGUUCAAAGCAAACGGGGGAACAUACUACACAGAUGCCAUGUAUCAAGAAGUACAGGCAAAACAACAAAAGUCAAAGGGAAAUGCAUGUGCUGUCCAAUAUACCUUUAUUGGUGCUCUGAUCCAGCGUAUCAGAUUGUUUAUCUUUAUUCUUAGAAGAGAGUAG